CUUAUUAAACACAAGAGAUAUCGUGCCCUGAGAAACCCAUUAUAAACUUUGUCUGUGGGAGAACAGAUCUCUUCCUGAAACCCGGGACAGCCAUCUCAGAGAAGAGGACAUGGGGAGCCAUCACGCCAAAGAGAAAAGCCCUCGGGGUUUUGAUGCAGACCGAGAUGCCAAAAAGCUGUACAAAGCCUGCAAAGGAAUGGGGACGGAUGAGGCGGCCAUCAUUGAAGUCUUGUCAAUCAGGACAUCGGAGGAGAGGCAGCAGAUAAAGCAGAAGUACAAGGCGAAGUACGGCAAGGACUUAGAGGAAGUGCUCAAGAGUGAACUGAGUGGAAACUUCGAGAAGACAGCCUUGGCCCUUCUGGAUCGCCCCAAUGAGUACGCCGCCCGGCAGCUGCAGAAAGCCAUGAAGGGCAUGGGCACCGAUGAAGCUCUGCUCAUAGAGAUUCUGUGCACCAGGAGCAAUAAGGAAAUUGUCGCCAUCAAAGAAGCCUACCAAAAGCUAUUUGGCAAGAGCCUUGAAACUGAUGUCAAAGACGAUACAAGUGGAAAUCUGAGAAAGAUUCUGGUGUCCCUGCUACAGGCCAGUCGAGAUGAAGACGAUACCGUGGACAAAGAUCUGGCUGGUCAGGAUGCCAAAGACUUGUAUGAUGCAGGGGAAGGCCGCUGGGGUACGGACGAGCUUGCCUUCAAUGAGGUCCUGGCCAAGAGGAGCUACAAGCAGUUGCGUGCUACCUUUCAAGCAUAUCAGAUUCUCAUUGGCAAAGCCAUGGAAGAAGCCAUCGAAGAAGAGACAUCGGGAGACUUGAAGAAGGCUUAUUUAACUAUAGUGAGAUGUGCCCAGGACCUCGAGGGCUAUUUUGCUGACCUACUGUACAAGGCCAUGAAGGGGAUGGGGACAGACGAGGAGACGCUAAUUCGCAUCAUUGUGACCAGGGCUGAGGUAGACCUUCAGGGGAUAAAAGCCAAGUUCCAGGAGAAGUAUCAGAAGUCUCUCUCGGACAUGGUUCGCUCGGACACCUCUGGGGACUUCCAGAAGCUGCUGGUGGCUCUUUUGCACUGAGUCAAGCCAGAGCAACAGGAAUUCCGGCAAAGGCCACGUCAUCAGGAUUCGUCAACGUAACACAUCAAAUGCACAAAUGGGGCUUUUACGUGAAACCCUUCACCUCCUGGUUUGUGUCCUCG